AAAAUUUGAACUAAACACUUCCUUUUGCCUGGUCAUUCUCUAUUUAUGAUCGUGUCUUCGUUCUUUUCCAUUUUUCCUGGUUAUUUCUUCUCACUCGUAUCCUGGAAUUGAUGCAACUUACAGCUUCACGUGGAGGUUGAAGAUAGAUAUAUUCAUUUGUUAUUUCGAAAAUCAUUUGUUCCUUGUCCAAAGAAAUUAGGUCACAUCGGGAACAACUACCUUGUCAUUCAUUAUCAUUAUCAGUAUUAUUCUUUGCAGUCCGACUUUCAGUGUUAGUCACUGAAGAAUUAUCGCCAAAUUCCUUGUUGACUUCUGCUCAUAAGUUAGCCUCCAGCCAUUUGUUUUGCUAUAAAGGCCACGACAAAUUUACAAUUUUUUCUCCCUUCCUUCCCUAUUUUUAGCUACAUUAGGUACUUGUUAAGCAAGCGCUAUCUAAGCACAUUUUGUAUCAUAAUCUAACUUUCUAUCUUAUCAUUUUUCUACCCCUCCACAAUUCUAAACCUAAACAUGAAGGGAACUAUUGCAGCACUUCUCCUUGGCACGGCCUCAGCGAUGCCGUCACUUAUACCUCGCGAAGAUGCUCCGGCAGCCGAAUCUCGCAAGCUCGUCAUCGGCGCUCCUUUUCAGAUCCUAACUGCCGAUUUUGAUGGGUCAAAGUUCUCCAUAACUGGAAAUCAUACCGCUUCUGGGACAGCACCCAGCUGGCUACUCUUCAAGGAACCAAAUCUUCUGUAUGCUGUCAACGAGAAUGCCAACGACACUAGUCUCUUCACGCUCGACUCGGGCAAGCCGACUCUUGCUUCCGCCGCGAAUGGUACAUCCGGUGUCGUCUUCCUCGAGUUCAACGGCGAUAAGACCCGCAUGGUUGGCGCCGGUUACGGUAGUGGUACUAUUGACGUCUGGGAUGUCUCGGCCGCCGAUGGUAGCAUGAAGCACCUGAAGAGCGUUAUUGUUCCGGGAGAGCCUAACCCUGCUCAAGGAGCUCACCACCCGCAUCAAGCUCUCCUCGACCCAACUGGUCGAUUCUUUGUCAUUCCUGACCUGGGUGGCGACACGGUGCUAGUGCUCGACAGCAAGGAUGACCGGUAUGAAUUUACCGGCAACGCAACCCUGCCUACCGGCACUGGACCCCGCCACGGCGGCUUCAUCUCGGACGGAGACGACCACUACUACACGCUAGCUUCCGAGUUAACUAGCGAGCUGUUCCUAUUCAAGCUCACCUACACCGAAGACUCGAUCAGCUUCAAGCAACUCCAGAAGCAGAGCACCUAUGGCGCCGUCCCAGCGGCCAACUCCAGCUCCGCAGCUGCGGGUGAGCUUGUCGUCGCCGCAAACCAGAGGGAUGUGUAUGUGUCGAACCGAAUCAGCGGCAACGAGACAGACAGCAUUGCACACUUUGUAUUCAAGAAGGGCGCUAGCAAGUGCAGCGCCGCUCACCUCGACUUCGCCGACACUAUUUCGUCCGGCGGCCUGCGCCCGCGCAUGUUCAGCCUGAGCAAAGAUUCCGACCAGACCCUAGCCUUCGUCACGAACCAAGGCGGCGACAAUGGUCUCCUCGCUUUCAAGCGCAACAAGGACUCGGGUUCCCUCGACCCAACGCCCGUCGCUACCAUGCCCUACAAGUCGCUUGUAGCCCCCGAGCUCGCGGCUACCGAUCUAAUGGGCCCGCAGUUCGUGCAGGAGAUCUAAAUAUUAAAUCAUGAGGGAAAUCAUGGAAAAUGCAUUGAAAGCGGACGAAUUUGCAUCGAUGGCGGCGUUUGGGUUUUCGUGAUAGUUGACUA